GGAGGUCGCGGCCCUGUCGCUCUUCAGCGUCUGUCGUUUCCACGUCCACCUGGCGCCCGGCGAGCUGAACCCCGCGGGCGCCCCAUCGAGGGGGCGCCGGGCUCCAAGUCGCAUCGACUUCGAGCGGCUGGCCGAUGCCUGCCGGGGUCUGCGUGGGCGGAAGGCUGGGGCAGGAGGUGAGGCGCUGCGGCGAGAGCUCGAGCUUGCCGCGCUUCACUCCCUCUGCCCAGACUCCGACGACGAGGUUGACAUUGGCUGCGGCUGCUCCUCCGCGUCCCGGGGCUCGGCGCCACUCGGCCCAGAGGAGGCCCGCGGCUUCGACGGGGCCGAAGACGUCUGGCAGCCAGGUGAGCCUCCUGGCCCCGAGGGCCACUGGCGCCGCCUGGGCCGGCGCCGGGACUACGUGGACCGGCCGGGCGAGAAGCUGGGGCAGCAGUCCCUCGGCGUGGCCGUGACCUUGUGGUUCUACGAUGUCCGCCAGAAGGGCCGCUUCGCCGACGACGGGCCCGAGUUCCUGGCGGCGUUGCAGUGGCCGUGGCCCGAGCUCCGCGCGCAGAAGCGGUUGCCGCGGGCCUGGCGGGCGGUACAGGGGUGGCGCAAGCUGCUCCCCGUCCACAGCCGCGCUCCGCUGCCGUUCGCUGGGCUGAUGGGGCUGCUCGGCUGCCAGCUGUGGCUGGAGUGCUUCGGGGGGGCCGUGGGCGCGCUGGUCGACUUCGUGGAGUAUCUCUGGCCCGGGAACCUGAUCGGGCACUCGCCAGUACCGAUCGCGCCGCCCGCCCCUGGGGCCGGGGGGCCGCCCCGCUGGGCACUGGCGCCGAGCGCGCGCGAGCACGAGCGCCUCGGCGAGACCGGCGGGUUCGACCACAGCGCGUUCCUGGAUCUGCCAGGCUGCAAGCGGCCGGCUGCCUUCCUGGCCGCGCUGAAGGAGCGGCCGCCGCAGGGGUGCCGCUGGUCGCUCGACGCCGUGCACCGCGCGCCCGUGCUGCGCAACGUGCCGAGCGUGUCGGAGGGGCCGCAGGCGACCCCUCGCCCUCGCCCGGAGGGUCGGGGCGAACCUGCCGGCGAUCUUCCUCGGGGAUCUGCCGCCGCCGGUGCCGCCGCCGGCCGCGGCGCGGCUGCGGCGCUGAAGCAGCGCCUGGCGGCCGAGGUGGCCCGGGCGAGGCGCGGGCGCCAGGGCGGCGGGCUCUUCCUGGAGCUCUUCGCCGGCGCCGCGCGGAUCGCCGCGUGUCUGCGGUCGUUCGGCGGCGCCGUCGCUGUCGAGGUGCGCGGCAGCCAUUUUCAGGGCCUCGUUCUCGAACGGGUCCAAGAGGUGCUGCUCAGCUGGAUCAGGCAGAAGCUGAUCGACGGGGCGUGGCUGGGCACUCCGUGCUCGUCCUGGAGCGCCGCUCGGCGUGGUCAGGCGGGCUGCCCCGGUGGGCCGCUCCGCGAUGUCGAUCGCAUCUGGGGUCGUCCAGGCGCCUGGGCGCGUGCCGCCGACCGCGAGCGCAUCGAGGUCGGCAACGCCACGGCCCUGUUCACCGUCGCCGU